UAAGUUUAAAUGAGUAUUUUUAUGUUACGUAAUACGUAAACUUUGCAAAAUGGAUAUGAUUGAGUGAAAUUAAAUUUUCAGCUGUUGGUACUGAUGCUGAUUUGAAAACGACGAAAAUGUAAACAGGCAACAUGGCCCAAAGUAGCCGUUGAAUUACAAUUCACAUGAUUCUACAACACUCGGAAGCGGAUUAGAGAGCGGAAAAUUCGCGCCCAUGCACUGUUGGCCUUCUGUUCAAAGGCUGUCCGAUUUGAAACUUUGUUUUGAUCAUGAUGGAAUCUUACGAGAACUGCAAAGAGUUGUGGGCUGAUUUGUCGGCUACCGGAAUUGUCCUAAAAGAAGAGCGUGUAAAGCAUGCGCUUGAAUCCCACAAAAAUCAACUGUUGAAUGGAGUUUUGUGUUUUAAAAAAUCUAAGAGUGGUACCGGAAAAAAAUCGUCAACCUCGAGCCUGGGAAAAUCAAAAAAUGUCAAAGCCCUUGUUGACCUUAUCUCGGACACAAUUUGUGUAGAUCAAGAUGUUGCUCAUAAAAUGCUGGAGCAAUAUCUCAUGUAUCAAUUUCGAGGUGAAGGUCGAACAAUCGAACGCUACUUGACCGACACUGUGCUCAAAACAGGCCUCCUGGCUGACAUAUGGACGUGCAUUCUGCGCGAAGGAGUCUAUCUAUUGCACUGUUUGAAACUUGUCCUCUCCCGACCUCAGAACCACCCUUACUACACAAUUUUGGACGAUUUUGUUAAAACUUUGGAUGCGACUGUCGUUGUGGAGAAACUGAUGGAGCAGAUGGUGUCCCUGAAAGAAGAAUCGACACCUUCCAUCAGCAGCUUGGAUGACGAAUGGACAGCAUCUGUUUUGGCUCGCAGGGUCAUUUUGUGCCAUGCAUUUCUGUUUCUUGAGAGACCUGUGCCAGUGAAAACCGUUUUGGCCUUGAUCAACUUGUUCAGGGAGAGAAAAUUCACAGAACAGAUGUCCAGUGAGAGACACAAGAACCUUGUUUCAAUUUUGAAAUGCAGCCAAACAAGCCUCAUAGUCCACCUUAUUUUGCAGCUGCCAAAAAUUGAAAAUAGUGAGUUGGUCCGAGAGAAGAGUGCAAUAAACCAACUAAAAGACCUAAUCUUUGGAAUGGACAGCAAGUCUGGAGGGCUCAUGAAGUUAGCAUACAAUGCAUCUUUCUAUACUGGUGCCGAAGAAGAGGCUAUGGCUCUCGUUAUGUCUGCAUUCGAGGAAAACCAGUUCGAAGCUAUCCAUACAAUUCUCAUGACUAUCAACGAUUCUGGAGACACUGAGGUCAUUUCAAAAACAACAAAGAUCUUUUUCGAGCUUUUGGACAUAAUGGUAGAGCGAUAUUACGUCACCGGAUUCAGCACUUUUCCUAUGUUCUUCAGAGCAUGUGGCCUAGUUUUGAGUCACCCAGACACUGCAGGUGCCUUUUGGGAACAGCAAGAAUGCUCCUUGCGAGCGCUGCUCAAGCUUAGCCUUGACUAUUUUCCUCACCUCUCUCCACCUAUAAUGCAUCUCUUGAGAGCGUCUGCGAAAGCAGAAAAAUUGGACCAAAUGCUGCAGAUAAUAUCAGAAAUGGAUAUGUUUACCGAAGAGAAGAGCUUGAUUAAUCUGAGUGUCCAACUUGGUCAGGAUAAUGAUAUCAGUCUGAUGGAGGACAUGUCAGUGAUGGAUAAACUGUUGGUCAUUCCUGCAGGGACGCAGGGAGUUGUUUCCCAUCAGAAUUCUUCACAUCCUCUGGUUCACUGGAAUAUACGAUUCAACUUUUGGGAUGCCCUCUAUAAUCAGCUUGUCAAAAUUAACUCUGAGUUGAGACGAAGUCAAAACUGUGACUUGGAAAAAGCAGUUUUGAUCCUCAAAUGCAUCCACACUGUUUUAAAAGAAGGUCACUUGGAUGAUAAUAAUAUGACUAAUGUCAUCCACGAAUCCUUCCUUCUCAUAGAAAUUGCGUGUCAUAUGAGUGUGCCCCCUGCUGAAGUUUUGGCUGAAGGACUGCAGAUUUUACGAGCUUUACUAAACACUCAUCGUAGUAGAGUUUGCGAGAUGGCCGCUCAAACAAGACUGGUGCCCUGCUGGUUAGGCCCUGGGCCACCAUCUCUUCAAGGCCAAGUGGAAUAUGGCGUUUGGCAGCAUCUUCUUCUUGGAAUGCACAUUGCACCUGCCAUGAGUGCCUUACUUAGAGCCUACCUUCGGUUUUUGAUUCAGCUCACAAAAGAGGAAACAAAGGAAUCUUCAUGUGUGAGUGUCUUAGCUGCUGGGAUGUUGGUAGUCAGCCAGAAUAUUUUCCCUGGACACUCGGAAUGGUUGUAUCCAAGACCGAGAGAUGAAGAAACAAUUGGAGUUCUGUGUUUGCAGUUCCUUCAGGCUCUUCUUAACAAGGGAGAUGGCUGGGAGAAAUUGAUAGUUGAGUGUUUGCUUAAAACUAAGGCAAGCACAAGUCUGAUGCAGCUCGCUGCCUCAGGCGAAGAUCACAUUGAGAACAUUAUGGUCAGAGAACCUUCGUUUCUGGCCUCAAGAACAACCAGGCUGCUUCUGAAGAUCAGACUCAGUCUUUCACUACUCAACCAAGUCCUUCGAAGAAGACACAUAGUUUUGGGUGUUGGCAGCAGAGACUGCAUCCUUCUUCAGCAGCUCAGCAGCAGCCACCAGGUCGAGACAGACAACUUCUACUUCCGCCUCAGCCUUUACCUUCAGUCUCGCUUACAUCCUUACCUACCAACGCUGGCCGUAAAGGUUUUGCAGCAGGUGUUUGAAGUUCUGCCAGUUUCGCUCAGGUUCUACUUGAGAAUGGAGGACAGGUUGAUACGAAACACCCUUGAGAUGCAUUUGCUGGCGCAUGAUUCAUAUCCACCUCUACGGGCAGCGCUACUUGACCUGCUCACCAAUUGUGUAAAGACACAAACGCAGUCGGCUCUUCUUGUCCUCAUGUUCACACAGCAAAGUAAAGAGAAGGAGGUGCAAGCACUCCCGGCUGAGGGAGCCAAAUCUGACACCUUGGACUUCGUUUUGAGCACCUUGAAUGAGGCAGCUGAGGAUCCUGACUUGGUUCACUGCCCUGUCUAUAAGGCGGCAGUUGAUUUCUGCCAGGCUUGCUGGGGGGCGCCAGUUCUUUACAUCCUUAAGAGUGUUGUCAAUAGUAAGGAUUUCUGGAAGAUAUUCACCACUCCUUUAAUAAAUCACGGAAUAACCAAUGACGAGCAAAAUCUCCAGCUACUGAGAGUAAUCUACAUUGAAUUAGUUCGUCCAAAGUUUCCUCCUGAAGAACUAGACAAAAUUCUUAAGACUUUUGCACAGGACAGACUUCUCAAAUGGAAUAAAUUUGUCGUGGAGCAGUUGAAAGAAAACGUUGACAAAGAAACGCCCGACGUUGAUGCAUUGGCAAGAGUUUGGAGUAAUUUUCUAGUUGCACUUCUGAAGAAACGAAGAACUUUGUUGGACGAACACUGCAUCUCUGAAUUAAUUGAUGAAUAUCUUGACUUGAUGCAGCUGAGCAUGGCAGAAUCCGGCAAAAGUUCUCACACAUCCCUCACUGCUCAAGUUCUACUGCACUUACUAACCACCUCAUUGAGCUGCAAAGAUUUGGGUGAAAAAUUUGUUGAAAAGGUAGUUAAAGUAGCAGAACUAUCAAGCAGAAGAUACUCGUACUUGACGACAGCGACCAGAACAACGCUCUUGUCAAUCUUGGCUAAAAGUCUUUCUUCCGAUGCAUUCAACGCGCAGCAAGCAAACAGACUGGGUUUUGACUCCUACGUUGGUGAAAUGCUCUGCAAGGAAAGUCUGGAAGGUCGACGAUUGGGUCUUCACAAGGGCGGUGAAACCAUGACCUACGUCCUGGCUCUUCGUCUACUACAACUUGCUGGCGACAAGCUUUUCAACUUUGGUUCAGAACUUAUGUUCUCCUGCUUGACUAAAGAUGCAAUUGCAAUGAUAAAGGAAAAGAAAAGCCCUUUAUGUCCGGAGAUAAUUUUGAAAAUAUUGGCUGCAGUCGCCUCAAAUCCAGUCCUGGCGCCUCUGCUUGGCUUACAAAAUUUAAAGCUGAUUUGGAUGGCUUUGCUUGACCUAAAGCUUGACAUGGCUGGCAGCAAAGAAAGUAAAGCCUGGGACAAAGUUUAUGAGCAAGGCGUGCACUUGGCCAGUGCUUUGGUAAAAACAAAUCAGCAGCUCUUCCAAACAGAGUUGGCCACAUUUUUAGUAGAGCACAGGGCGCAUUUGAUUUCAAUGAUGAUUGCCUUGAGAGCCAUGCAAGACAGGAAAACAUUGUUGAUUGCCUCCGAAACCAUCUACUUGUUAGCUGCACUCUCGGGACAGCUUUGGCGAAACCAAUCGGCUCUCCAAGACUACACAACUGGAGUAAUUGCCUGCUUGGAUCUCAGCAUGAUAUUCAUCUUGAGACCAAAACUGGUCCUGGACAAAUUCGCAAAUGCGCCUUCAGAACCACCAGAACCCUUCCAAUACGUCAACGAAAAAAGCAAUCUACUCAUGUCGUUGACUGAUGGGUGCUUGCAAUGUCUCCUUAGUGUUUGUCAGCCGUCUGGCCAGCUGUCUCGACGGACCCUCUUUUCCGACUGGAGGCAGAGUAGACUUGUCAUCCUUGACAGCUUCUCCUUGCACCACUGUUACGACCACCAACUAAGCCCAUCAAUUGCGUUCGGCAAUCUUCUGCUUUUUGCCUUCAACUGCCCACUUUUCAUACAUCACAGAGAAACUUAUUCUCGGAGUAUGUGGCUCAGCGAACCUGAGAUUGCUCUAGCAGACGAAGCACUUACCCUACAAGCCUUGAAAAGGUGCAUCGACCUGUUGCUCCAGCAGGCUCGAGUUCAAGUUUUGCUCAACCCGGACUGCGCAAACUUUCGGAACUCUUUCAAGACUGAGAUGGAUGCUCUUUUCGAAGCAAUCAAAGUGAAGAUUUUCCACAAGCACGAGGACAGACACAUGCAUCUUGAGCGGAAAUUGAAAGAGGUAGAAUUCUCACUCAGUUCGAUGACCGACAAAUCUACCUUACCAGAGAGAACCCUUCUCACACCAAUCUCAACAGAUUCGCCGCGUGUCGUGGCCAGAUAAUAACAUAGCAUAGAGAUUGCUUGCCAAAUUAAAAUUCGAUUUCAACUUUAUUUUUAUAAUGUUUGAAGAUUCAAGUGCUAAAAUGUUUCAAUGAAAUAGGAAUAAAUUAUUCAGAAA